AUGGCGCCUACCCCAUUCAAAGUCAGGUGCCUGAUGCAAUCCGGUGGCUAUACAUAUAUUCAACAGCAUGUAGAUGGAUCUACCCAUUUCAAUCGGUCAUGGCAAAAAUACAAAGAUGGCUUUGGGAACCUUUCCAAGGACUUCUGGUUAGGAAACGCCAAAAUUGGUUACAUUACAAAUGGACGCGAUGAAACGCUCAGCUUUAUAACUAAGGAUAUGAGUUCCACCUCCACAAGACAGCGAAUAUACACAUUUUUCAUCCUGUCCCAAGAUGGCCUUUACUCGAUGACAUACGAAGGAACAUGGGGUCAUACAAUUCCUGACAGAAGUGGUGGUGAUUGCUUGGAUGAUUUGAAGGGACAGCCCUUUUCCACAUUCGACCACGAUAACGAUGACAGCACUCUGAACUGUGCUCAAAAACACCAGUCUGGAUUCUGGUUCAAGAACUGCACCCCCUGUAACCCCAAUGGCGUUUGGUCAGAGACUCCUGAUGGUAAGAGAGCUGGACUACCUGAGGAGAUGUUCUGGAUACCUGUUAUUGGAGAUAACCUGUUGUUGUCUUGCACGAUCUAUUUGAAAGCCAUCUAAUUGCGUUUAUUGCAGUAUAUGUAUCAUCUGUAAUUGU